AUAAUGAGGGGUCAGGGAUUGGAUAAGCACGGCAAAUUUCGCAAACACAGAAAAAGAGAGAAAUUCCCCGAAUACAUGAAGAGUGCAAAGCAAACUCUAGUCCGGGUGAGAAACUGCGGAGAAAAAACCCUCACAACACCUGAACGGAAAAAUUCAGAAAGGAGAAGAUACCCCGGAGAUAAUAACCCCCAACGCGUUUCACAGCACGGAGAAAACCCUAGAAACCAACUAACAGGGGUGAUCAAAUAUGAUAGUCAAAGUAAAGAACCCAAACCGGAGAAAUCCCAAGAGGGAAUAGGCAGUCUAUGUAUCGGAAGGAUACUGAGGGAUAGGGAGUGCUUGAAAACUAGAGGCAAGAUAUAA